AUGGCUGGCGACGACGUCAAAACACCCGACGGCAAAACACAGGAUGACAAAACCUCCUCCUCCGGCGACUCGGCUACGGCCAAACCCCUUCAUCCUGUGUACACCGUCACCAAUAUACAACACAAAGUUCGAGUCCUCGACGGAACCAAAGUUACUUACACAUCGUGGGUGAAACUCUUCAUGCUUCAUGCAAAAGGCUAUGAAGUGUUGCAUCAUAUCGAUGGUACAGACCCGCCUGCAUCGACAGACCCGGAAUACGCCGCUUGGGCCAAGAUUGACUCCAUCGUAUUACAAUGGAUCUACGGAACAUUGUCCGAUGACCUACUAGUUCGUAUCCUUGAAUCCGAGUCCACCGCUAGAGCCGCUUGGGUUCGUCUUCAAGGUGUGUUUCUCAACAACAAAGGGUCAAGAGCAGCAACAUUGGAACAUGCUUUCACAAACCAUAAGUUAUCAGCUUGUUCCUCUGUGGCUGAAUAUUGUUCCAAACUCAAAGAAAUUGGUGAACAAUUGAAGGACGUUGAUCAACCGGUACCGGACUCUCGUCUUGUGCUUCAGUUGGCCAGCGGACUACCCCCUGAAUACGGGGUAACAGCAUCCCUUAUUUACCAACAGUCUCCGACAUGGGAUGUGGCUCGGGAUAUGAUUGAACGGGAAGCUCAAAGGUUAGCAACUUUGGACGGCUCACAGGCUCUUCUCGCCACCAACAACACCUCUCCACCGCCGCCUACUAACCCGAAACAUCAACCUCAGCAGCAGCCGACACGCAAUCAAGAUCAGCCCCCACAGAACCGCCGUGGCAGGGGCCGCGGCCGAUGGAGAGGGAAUCGUGGGGGCGGCUAUGGUAACGGCGGGGGCGGGUACGGACGAUCAAACAACAACCAGAAUCAAAACUAUGGUGCUUGGAACCCAUGGAAUUUACCCCCUGCCCAUAUCCCACGCAGCCUUUUGUUUGGCCCAACCCGCCACAUCCCUGGUCUUCUCGCGGCCCAAACCAAACUGGCCCAACUGCCCAGCAGGCCCAAUCGGCCAACAUGGUUUAUAAUCAGCCUAACGGGUCCAAUUACAACGCGCUGA